UUCUUAUCGCAUCUAAAAUGAAAUAAAAUAUAUUAUCACUUAAACCGGUAAAUUAAUAUUACAUAUAUUAUAUAUUCAGUAUUUGUUUAUCUACUUCUCUUAUUGUUCUGCACAUAUAAUCUCUAAUAUAAAUUAAAUUAAAUACACGUGUGUCGAUUCGAUGAUUUAACUAUUAAUUUUAUAAAAACUAUUUAAAAGAAAUGUGGAGUUUAAUAAAAUUAUUCAUAAGCGUUAAAACGUCAGUGCAUAAUUAACCUCGAUUGAAAAAUUUGACUAAGGGCCUCUGAGUAUAGGUUGCAAAUAAAAAGCAAAAAAAAAGUAAAUAAAUAAAUAAUAAAUAAACCCGGUCAAUCAUAACAAAAUUGUACGUUAUUGGUCGUCUUAUAAUUUAUAUUUUUCAACGGCACUUGAUUUGCUUGGGAUCCACGAAAUUUUUACGGUGCAAUAAUUUUAAGAACUUGAAUAUCAGAGUGGUCUUUCAGAGGCUGCACCACCUGCAUUAAUCGAUCCCAAUUGCCGAGAGACCGUAACUCUACGCAAAUGAAUAACCAGAACAAGUAUAAAAAGAGUAAAAAAGUUAAGUCAAGAAAUUGGAUAAUAUAACUGAUCGAGGAAUAAAUAACCGAUUACGUUAAGUCUUAUCUUUUUCAUGGAACCGAUCUGCGACUCUCCACCAGAAGGAAUAACAACAUAAUAAUAAUAGUAAUAACUUAUAAUAAAACUAAAAAAUGUAAUAUACAAAGAAUGAUAUUGGGUGCGAGUUAAUGUUGAUGCAAAGAUACAGGCAGGAGGUGGCCUAGAAACCAGGGUAGUCAUUCUAAAACACUUAGUACUUAAAUAUUAACGCUUGAGGUGUCUUGUGUUUAAGAUUCAUUGGAACUAGUUAUUUUUCUUUCGCUUCAUCUUGAUGUUUAACUUAAAUUACUUGAAUUACUUUUCUUGUGGUAAUUUUUGUCGGUUGUUGUCAGUCAGUACGAUUAUACUGGCAAUGAUAAUGAUAAUAGUCGAGCGUAUGUGGUGCGGUCACUUGUGGUCCAAGUGAUGUAGAAUGGAUAGGAGGAGUAGCUGAGUCGUUGGUCGCUGGAGAAGAGUUGGAGGAGAGUUCGUGCUGGGGAGAGUAUGGUAUGGUGUUAUUGAAUAUAGGAGUUAACUUGGGAAAUGGGAGCACGUUUGUGAAAGUAGGAAGGGGAGGCUAUAGCCAGACCGACAGUGCUCCGACUGUCUCAGUCGUUCGUGAACCUCGAAGGACGACAGAGGUCGAAGAGGGCACGUUUCCUCCUCUUCUCGCCUUUCUCCACGUCCUUGCUCUUGAACACUACGCUGACUAUCGACCAAGUCCACGACCACGAUCACGACCACGACGGCUACUGCAACUGCUACUGCUGCUGUACCAGCGAUUUUUUUAAUCCAACACUUAAACCGUGUGGGAUCUUUGGUACUGAGAGAACUAACCGAGGUGCAGUGCCUUUCUGUUGUUAGACUGCUUCCGCAAUCUUACGAGCACCAGUAGGAGGAUCACCACGUGAAUCAACUUGGGACAUUUUCUUGCAAGAGAAAUUCACCAUUUAUACAAAAUGCGCUAUUACAUACUCGCUGGUGUCUUUUUUAUUUCCUGUCUUCAAGAAUUUGUCGGAGGUGCGUGUCCACGAAUAUGUCCCAUUGGAGGAGAACCAGUAUGUGGUAGUGAUGGGGUCAUAUACGCUUCUCAGUGCGAAAUGCGGAAGAAGAUGUGCGGAAAAGGAGUUACUGUAGCACCAGAUAAAACGGCUUGCUUACGAUCGUCGGGCAGUAAGUGCGAGCACCGAUGCCCGGCUGAUCAGGAUCCUGUUUGCGGUACUGACGGGCGUACUUAUUUAAAUAAGUGCAUGCUGAGGGUUGAGAUUUGCAGGGUUGGUAUUGAAUUGUCCCAUCUUGGACCUUGCAAUAAUAUAUCUGCUCACCGUGAAAAUUGCCCGGUUUCUUGUGAUCUUGCGCCACUGGAUGGACCGGUUUGCGGAAGUGAUGGAAAUGUCUACAAGUCUACAUGUCAAAUGAAACUUCUUACAUGCAGACAAGGAGUUGUAAGAACAAACAAAAAGCACUGCCAGACAACGAGACAUUGCCGAGAAACGUGCUGGCGGGGUGCCAAGCCAGCUUGCGGGAGCGACGGAAUUUUAUAUGCCAACACUUGUAAAAUGCGAGCGAAAAACUGCGGUAAACACGUAUUUGAAGUCCCGAUGUCAUUCUGCGUAUCACGAGAAAGAACAUCCGGAAGUGUUGGUACAGCUUGCCCGUUAGAUUGUAAAGAUGAACCAGAGGUCCAAGUUUGUGGUUCUGACGGCAGCGUAUACAGAAAUGAAUGUGAAUUAAAAAUGCUUAAUUGCGGUCAGUCAAGAAGAAAAAUAACAGUUGUAGACUUCGAUAAAUGUAAACCACGUAUUUUGAAGUGCUCAAAACAAAUGCAAAAAUGUAGUAAUGAUAUUGAUCCAGUUUGUGGAACUGAUGCUUACACGUAUCCUAAUCAGUGUCAACUAAAUGUUGGGAUUUGUAUGAAAGGAAUUCAACUUGCACACGUUGGCGAAUGUACGACCUUGAAAGAGACUGAGCAAUGCCCAGAAGAUUGCAGCAAUGAGGCUGAAGAACCUGUUUGCGGUAGUGACGGAAACGUUUACCGAUCCCUGUGCCAUUUACGACGAGAUACUUGUGGCCAAAGGGUGGUUGCCGUGCCAGCUCAGCACUGCCGUACGACAGCCCUCUGCAAUCAGAUAUGCAGCGGUGAGCGGCAGUUUGUCUGCGGUUCCGAUAACAAGCUUUAUCGCAACGAGUGUGAGAUGAAGAGAGACAAUUGCGGAAAACACGUGUACGUCGUUCCCAUGAAACGAUGUGUCCAAGGAUUUGUAUUCCGCGGAUGUCAGAAAAUUUGCCCGCCCUACUAUGACCCCGUCUGUGGCACAGACAACAUGACUUACAGCAACGAAUGCUUCCUAGAGAUAGAAAACUGUCGCAGUCGCAGUCUUGUUACUAAACUGUACCACGGUAUUUGCGGACAACCCACGGAAGACCCGAAAAACUAUUUGUAUUAAAAUAAAUAAUUUAUAAUUUUAUUUUUCUUUGAGUUAAAAUUUUUUUUUACUGUCAUCUGACAGUUAGACAAAAUUAUCACUUGUUCAUUAUUAAUUUAAACUUCAUGGCAAUUUAUCCGAAGUAUUUACUAGCGAUGAGAUAAAUUUUUUAAUAUUACUCGUGCGAUUAAAUCGGCAAGUUAAUUUAUAAAAAAACAUGAGUACAUAUUUCGUUUGAUCAACUAAAAGUAUGAUAAAUCUUGCCAGUUGGUAAAUAAGUAAAUGUGCAGAUACAUUGCGUGCCUAUAAAUUUUAAUGGUUAAUUAAUUUGUUGAAUUUUUGUUAAUAUUUUUUAUUAAAAUUUUCCAUGUUAUUUUUAAUUUUUUUUUUUUAAGUAAAAGUUUUUUUUUACAGACUGCACAAAUAGAAACUAUUAUUUAUUGUAGUAUUAUAGAUUUAAUCUGAAUGCUAAUGAGUAUUCGGUAUUACGUGUAUUUUUAUUAUUAUUAUUGUCAUAUUUUAUUGGUAUUCAUUUACUAAUCAUUGUCGAAUUAAUAAUCGUAGUAACGUUCAUUUAUCAUAAUUAUUAUUAUUAUUAUUGUAAUGUAGUUAAAGAACAAACAAUUGUUUAACGACAAAUGUUUGAAUAAUAGUUUGUGAUUUAUGUUCAUAUCCCUUUUUGUAUUAUUUUCAUAACUUUCAAUCAUACUCCGUUAUUUAUUAUUCCAUAUGUAUUGUAUGAAUCUAUUUAGUCUUGUGUUAAACAUUUGUAUGAGCUUGUCAUUUAAUAAAUAAUUUAUACACUUAAUUAUUAAUUCAUGUACUAAA